GGAAGCGAUAAGAACAAAUACUGUACUAUAGACUAUCUGCUGAUAACACCGCGAAAUCUGUAGAUAUUGUCAGUACCUACUUAUUAACAAUGACGUCUAGUGCGAUUUUUAUCACCGCUUUACUGGCAGUAAUUGUCGUAUUGUUUGAUUCAACAGAAGGCUGCUAUUCACAACAAGACUGUGGGUCGAAUGAAUGCUGCGUCUCCAACGAUCAGCCGAGGGGAAAACGAAUGUCCCUCGUGUUGGCUGGACACUGCCAGGCCAUGGGUCAACCGGGGUCACGGUGUCUGAUGCGAUACGGAGGAGGUAAGACUACACCACCUCUCGAUAUGGUAUACGCAUGUCCAUGUGGACCUGGUCUGAUGUGCAAGGGGAGUGGACUGAUUGAGGUUCCUCUGGGAGAAACGGGUGUGUGCACGCAUCACUGAAGACGGAGAUGAGAUUUCUUUGAAUUGAAAAUGAACAGUCACUGUAUUUGUAAUAGUGUAUAUAAAUUAAACAAUGUUUUGGUAAACU